AUCGGCCUCCACUCUCAUCAGCGGCGACUACGAGAAGCCAAGAAUUGCAAUCGCCCGCCAAUUUAGCUCUUAGCCUCUCUUUCUACUGCGGGAAGGGAUCAAUCGAACCAUACAUGGAACAAGAAUCAGAGGGACCCAGGGUUCAGGUUGGGAGCAAUGUCGAGUCUAAUCCGGGCAGUUUAGAUUGCAUAGCAAAGGUGAGAAAGCUACUGUUUCGCCGAAUGCUCAUAGGCAUUAAAGAUGGAAGAUUUUUCCUGGGAACUUUUCACUGCAUUGACAAGCAAGGAAAUAUCAUUCUACAAGAUGCAGUGGAGUAUCGUAGUACUCGACGUAGCUCACCUUCUCCGAUGGAACAACGGUGCCUCGGCCUUAUUCUUAUCCCCAACUCUUGCCGUGUGUCCUGUCAUGUAGAUAGUACCAUUGUGGAACAAUUAGCGCUGCUAUCAGUCUAGAAAUCAAGACUAAGCCUGGGGUUAAGAAAGGAGAAAAAAGGACUAGCACACUUGUUUGAAGAGAGUGUUUAUGAUUAUUUCUUUUCAGUAGAAAUAUGGGAUAAGGAGAUAAAAAAAAUUUUCUCUUACAAGGUUGUGGAUAACCAGAAUAUAUUCUCCUUUUCUUUAUUCAUUGAAUCAAGUGCAUAAAAGUGGAAUCUUCAACAA